AUGUCUGAAAAAGAGGUUUCGAAUAUACUUGAAGAGCUGAAAACAUCUAACCUCACACUGGAAAAUUUUGAUGACUGGAUCAACAGACUUAAAGAGCGCUAUAAGUCCCACUCAGAUUUCAAGAAAGCAGAGAGCGAUACGUUGUGCAAAGAUUUUUUUCAGAAAUCAAUACAUUUGGCGAAAAGUCUAUUGAAUCUGAACUACGCGCAAGAAGCCUCUAGAAUUCUUGAGGUCAUACAGCCGUUUUAUGAGGACUCAGGAUGUCCUGCUUCCUCAAUUGAGGUUUCUGAUAAUAUAAAUGAAGAAGAGAAAGUAAAAUGAUGGAAUUAUGCUAAUUACCUGAAAAAUCAGUUUGAUAUUGACCCAGAGUUGAUCACAAAACGAGAAAAAUGAAAAAAAAUAUAUGGAACCAGUAAAUCCCUAAUAGAAGAUGCACCUAAAGCACAAAUUGAAUGUAUCUUCACACGACGACUAUUUCAUAAUGACUAUUAUUUUUAUCCUAUUUAUUUUUGGGCCUUUUUUCCACCUAUUUUUUUUUUUUUGGCCUAUUUUUUUGGCCUAAUUUUUUUGGCCUAUUUUUUUUGGUCUAUUUUUUUUGGCCUAUUUUUUUUCACCUUUAGCCUAUUUUUUUUAGCCUAAUUUUUUUUGGCCUUUUUUUUUUAGCCUAUAAUUUGUUCAACUAUUUUUUUUGCAUAGGCUUAUUCAUGAAGCUGCUGAGAGAACUAAAACCUUAUUGAGGAAAGGAGAAAUUUCUUUACGCGAUUAAUAUUGAGUAAAUUAAGUGGAAAACUCCCUAAUUAAAUCUAAAAUUCUCAAAUUUAAAAAGCAAUAAAUUAGUAUUCAUAGAGUAAGAAAUCUGGUCAAAUCGUUUUAAAUACAUUAAAAAUUAUAUUAAAAUAAUUAUUAUGGAAUUAGGCCCAAAUAUAUGUAAAAAAUAGUUAAAAAAUUGCCAAAAAAGAGGCCAAAAAAAUAGGCCAAAAAAAAAUAGUCGUUAUGAAAUAGGCGUCGUGUGAAGUAACCCAAAUUGAAAGCAGACGGGCCAGUGAAAUAAAUAUUUUACCUCCAACUUCUGAUAAAGAACUUACCUUGAAGAUUCCAUCAAAAAGAAAAAUUAUCCCUCUCCCACCCCAAGGCCGCCGAAGGUCUACGGUAAGAAAAGUGCCUCUUAUCUCACCUUUGGGUGAGGAUUUCGGUUUUACUGAUGUAAAUAAUCACAAUCAUGCUCAAGAAUUUUUUAAGGUGGAAAAACAAGCAGAAAAUAUUUUUGUGAGGCCACGCCGACAAAAUUCAGCUGGAAAUUUAAGAAAAUUGCCUGAAUUAAGGGGAAGUCCAAUAAGCAAAAACGCAGGAAUGAUCCACCCUGUACAUAAAAAAUUUAAUUCAGAAGUAUUCAGCCCAAUUCGUGGUUUGCUCUCUCCAGAUGAGCAUAUGGAAUUUUACUCAACCAAUCAUGACUUCAGCAAUGCAGCAGAUUAUGCUGAAUACCAAAGAAUUAAUGAAAUUAUGGGUAUCCAAACUCAAUAUAUUAGCACAAAUCAAAAUAGCGGCUAUUCCCAAGGAAAUCUUACUCUCCCAUUUUUAUAUAAAGAAUUUUUUAAAAAUUUAAUAAAUAAAAAUUAUCAUAUUAAAUAAGGAGAAUUAGUGACAAUACUCCAUAUACCAUAAACCCAGAUGAUGCAAGAUCACCUUGCUCGUCAGGAAUUUCUCGAUCAAGCACUGAUUCAACUAACAAUUCUCAACCGAAAAAAUACGGAGACUUAAGCAGUGCUGCUCUUGCAAUCCAAAGCGUUGCGCGACGCUUGAAAUGCAGUCUUAAUUAUAAAAACAGUCGAGCUUGCAAAAGAUUAUGUCCUCAUUACUUAACUUAUGGCAGGAAAAUAAUCAAUGGCGAGCUAUAUUUUAUAACGAUUACAAAAGAAGAAAAGCAUGAAAUCGCUAUGAAGGAGCUCAGAUGAGUCUAUUAUAACACAAAAUCAAAUGAAAAUAAUGUUUUAUUGCAAGCAGAACCCUUGACCUCAAAUGUUCCUAAGCCUAAAUAUACGUGCUAUACUGUUAAUGAGAUAUGCUGCUUUCUUGGUGUUAGCAGCCUUGAUAAUUUAGAUGAAAAUGCAGCAAGGCAGUUGAUGGAAGCUGUGAAGAUUGAAGAUGGAACAGUCAUCAUUAACCAAGAACUGCCAGCAAAAGAACCGAAAAAGAGACUUAUAUUUAGAGGAAAAUCCAAAUUGAGGACUGAAGAAACGUAUUUUAUUCGAGCUUAUAUAAUUGAAUAUGAAGAGAACUUAGAAAAAAUCCUGCUUACUCCACUAUAUUUAAUAAAGAGCAUAAGUAAAGUUAAACAGAUGUCUGAUUCAUAAUAUCAGAAUCAUUUUAUUGAAUGCUGCUCAAAAUUUUAUUGUUAGUAUUCCUUAUUAAAAAGAUUUAAAUGAAAAAAAAAUUGUUUAGGAUAUCCCAAAAAAAUUAGAGUUAUAUCUCAAUCAAUAAUGUAAAAUACUUCAUUAUAUUUUGGUGAGCUAGUGCACAAUCACCAAACAAUAAGAAAGAAAUUUUAUUGGAGCCAAGAUACCUUAUGGAAGGCUUUAAAUUCAAAACAAAAGAUAUUUUGAUAAGUUCGAUAUCCAAAAUUAUCGAAUUUUUGUGAAUAGACGAAGGGAUGAUCAAGAUUGAUCUUCCUGGCAAACAAUAG